UGGUUAGAAAAAGCUUAAAAAACAUAUUGCCAAAGUUGUGAAUAGACAGACAACGUAGAUAUUAUUUUGAGUCAAUUUCAGGGUGCUUUUCUACAGAUUUCAGAGCUCACUUCACAGGAUAUGACGUUGCUUCUGUCCUGCAUCCACCUCUUGAACAUCAUAGCUCUGGGGUUCAGUUUAAUUUCACAGGAUGAUCCUUUGAACACCGCUAUAAACCCUGCUCACAAAAUCAGCUCAUUUUUUCUUGACUUUCUGCUUGAAAAUGGCACAAGUGCAGCCCUGUUUGCCGCCUGGCGACAACCACUAUCGUUUGCGAAUCGGACGCCGUGAAGGGAAGGACUUGGAGUGACCAGGCUUGCAUCUAGCUAACGUUACGCAGCUGCCUGUGUGCUGCCGACGCUAAUCGGCUAACGUUAGCUGUAGCGGUUCGUCUUGCCAUAACAUAGUCUGACGCACAGGGACAGAGCUGUGCACACAGUGACUGGAUCCGCAAAAUAUCCCCGUGACGUUGAAAUGGACAAAGCUGAAGCAGACCGGCUGGUAUUAAAGGCGAAGGUGUGUUUGCGGUUAGGACAGAAUGACAGGGCGCUGCAGCUGUUAUUUGAAGCCCAGAAAAUUUAUCCCAGCACCCGGACCAGAGUGCUGAUAGAUGCUAUAGCAAAGAAUGGAGCCCCGGCUGGUCCAGAAGCAAACCACAUCCCCCCACCAACUGGCUGGCGAGAUGAGGACAUUGGAAACACUAAAACAAGUCAUGCCAGCGGUGAUGAAAAGAAGAGUUACAACGAGGAGCAACGCCAAGGUGUUCACAGGAUAAAGAAUUGCAAGGACUUCUACGAAAUCCUUGGAGUUACCAAAAAUGCCAGUGAUGAAGAUUUAAAGAAGGCAUACAGAAAGCUGGCCCUCAAGUUUCACCCUGACAAGAACUUUGCUCCAGGAGCCACAGAUGCUUUCAAAGCAAUAGGCAAUGCAUAUGCAGUGCUGAGCAAUCCAGAGAAGAGGCUGCAGUAUGACCAAUAUGGUGAUCAGACUGCAGGUCUAAACGCACCCCAGCAAUCCAACCACAGUCACCAUGGACACCACCGAAGCUUCAACAGAGACUUUGAGGCAGACAUUUCCCCCGAGGAGCUUUUCAACAUUUUCUUUGGGGGAAGGUUUCCCACAGGAAAUAUCCAUGUGUACACCAACCAGGGAGCCUCCUACUCUCAGUAUUACCAGCCUCGUCGUCGACGUGCUUAUGAGAGGCGUGAGGAGGAGGUGGUGGAGGACAACCAGAGUCAGAACACCUUCACAGCGCUCCUGCAGCUUCUCCCCGUGCUGGUGCUAAUCCUCAUAUCAGUGUUUACUCAGAUGAUGUCCACUAACCCACCCUACAGUCUUUUCUAUAAGCCGGCCAUGGGCCUGGUGGUGUCCAGGGAGACGCAGCACAUGGGUGUACCAUACUAUGUGGAUAAAAGUUUUCAGAAGGAAUACCGUGGAGCUGCAUUGGAGGAACUAGAGAAGACAAUUGAGAGUGACUACAUCGAACACCUGCAGAGCAGCUGUUGGAAAGAAAAACAACAGAAAUCAGACUUGGCGAACCUCGGACAACUGUACCGAGAUGAACGGUUAAAGCAGAAGGCAGAGUCGAUGAGGCUGGACAACUGUGAGAAACUGCAUCGACUGGUUGCGCGUCAGAGAGGCAAAUGAGGACUGUUUGCGAGGAGAACACGUUUCUUUACAGACUUUACAAUAAUUCAUUUUUACUGAAGCUUGUAUUUUAUCCAAUCUGGCCACUUUGCAAAGAAACGUCUUUGGGUACGGCGCAGUCAGUGGGAGAUUUUGCCACUGAAACAAUGUGCCUUCUCUCCUCUUUGAUGGUAGGAAAGAGUUGCAUGUUAGCUGCCAACCCUGGCUGGGUGGUAGCAGCAUCAAGUGCGAACUCACUGUGGCAGUGUGUUUGAUGUCUCACAACCUUUCUUAUAGAAAAGGCUUGACAUACAGGGUUUCCCUUCAGGAUUAUGAAAAUAGUUGUAUGUUCACACAUACAUGUUUUAUUUGUUUAGGUUUUAUAGUUUAGUUAUUUUCUUGACUGUUUUUGAGUCCUUGCUUAAAUCUUGGGUGCAUUUAUUUAAUUGUAGAGUGAGCAUCUUGGCUCAUCGUUGUUUCUGGUGGAAGUUACUAAGUACACUACAAUGACUUAAAUAAUGCUGUUCUUUGGAUAAAUGUGGGAGCUUCUGUGCUGUGAAAUGACAGAGGACCUUUUUAUUUAUUAUUAAAAUGUAGACAAACCAGACAUGGCAAAGGACUGUAACAUUUAUACUGUGGAUAAUCCAUCAGUUUGACGUCCGGCACUAGAGCACUGCAGUAGAGCAUAAUUUGACAUGAUCACAUUUUUCUGAAUAAUGUGCUUUAAUAUUAAAGGUUGUUUAGUACUUGCCAAAAGGUGAGCUGUGUUCUACAGUAGAGCUUUCCGCUCCCUGCACUACUGCUUGUACGUAUAUUCAUGUAUUGCAUUGGUCAUUAAGCAUCUGCCGUUCAGGAACUUGCAUGUUCGGGGUUUCAAAGUGAGUAGUGACUGUUGUAUGUUGCAAAAACAGGCCAUGUUUUGAAGAAGUUGUCACAAACAAGGAGUCCAGUUCAACCAAAAAAUCAAUUUGUAGUCUUAUAGUGCUAGAUAUCACUGGAAAGCUCAUUGAGUAUCUGUAAGGUUCCUGGGACUAAAAUGGUAUGAAAUACCUUGACUUAAUGACCAUGCACAAGCUUAAUUAAGUUUGUAGAAAAAGGUUUUCCAUCCCAAAUUUAUAAAUAUUUUAUACAACCUGCACCUUUAAUUGAAAUGUUCUAUAAAGAAGACACAUUUUGUUUUGAAAAUCUAUACUGAAACAAAAUUUUAAUCAGUUGUAUUAAAUAUCGGUGGAUAUGAUCAGCUUUCUCCCAUCACUAGAAAUCACAGCUGACUGUUACUUGGCAAGUCUUGUCCUGACUAGGAUGCUAAAUUUGUGGAGUUCUCUUUAAUUUCUUAUACCAACCCCAGAUCAUUUGAACCCUAUACAGACACCACUACUUGUUGCUGUGCACUAAGACCGCCUACCUGCCUUAGCUGCUCUCACAUUUGUGAAAUAUUCAGGUUUAUCUCAAGCACUUUUAUGUUGGUAUUUAAUCCUGUGUUCCUUAUUGUUGCUGUUGCAUGAACCCUAGUGAGUGUUUUAUUAGCUGCGUAUUUAUUUCUUGGCAAAUGCAUCAUCGCAACCACCAGAAAAUUAAAGCUGUAAUGAGAACAUGCGUUGCCUUGUCUGGUUGGUUCAUUAGAUGUAAUGCUGGUUUGACUCUUUAUAUGGUAUAAAUGUUUAACCGUGGUAUUCAUUUCAUUAAGGUAGAUCACAUUCUCAACGUGGGUUGUCAACCAUGGAGCCACUUGGCACAUCCUGCAAAUAAUGUUUCUCAAGUGAAUACCAAAUAUUUUGGGUUACUUUUGUUUAUAAUCUUUGCUUAAUCAUGUAAAUUGUCACAAGCUUAAAUUCCACCACAUAUUUAUCUGCGGGAGCCAUUUUCUCCUGCCUUUAGAUCAGUUUCAGUAAAGCAUGAGCAAAGCCCUCAGUGUUUCUGUACAUAUACGCCCCGACUGUCAUGUGGUGUAAGUUGUUGGUUUUAUUACACAGUCUAGAUGUAUAACUUGCGAUGGUAUCCUCCUUCUUCUGUUUGACAGGACCUAGUUAACAUCUGAGCUGUCACACUAAUAUACUUCUGCUGGUGCCAAUUAAGAGAUGCAUGGAUUUUACAAACGGAAAAAAAAAACUUUAUCCUUCCAUUUUAAAAAGACUGGAUGCAGACAUAAUGAAAGUGUGACUAUAAUAUAUCUGCACAUUUAGUAGAAUCGAGUAUGGACGAAGUAGUUGACGACAACAACAUGACAUCCGGUAGCAUCCUGUAAAGGAGUUGGCUCUUGAUUCAAUAAAAGCUAUGAAUUAGUUUUAUUAAGCCAACUUAAUACUAAACAACUACACAAAACCCAUUCCAACUGACAUACCACACAAACAUUAACAUCAAGACCAGGCCUUUUAUCUGGGAUUCUUGCACUCAAAGGUCUUUUGCAUGAACAUUGUUGAUUAUACAGCAGUUAGCCUGCAGCAGUCACUACUACUGUGGUGUUUUAAAUUGGCACUGGAAAACGUUUGCAAAUGUAUCUUUAACGUACUAUUGUACAUUAAAGAUGCUUAAUACAGUUUUAUUCUUUUAACAUCUUAAAGUCCACAAAAUGGUCUUUAAUGUGCCAUUUUCUCAGAAACCUUGACAAUGACUCAGAAUAUGCAUGUAGGUAUGUUUCACAGAUGUAACAUAGAUAAAAUCAGUUUAUCACAAACAAUACUGCAAUACUUAAGUGACUUGAAAGUUUUUAAAAUUAGAAAACUAACCAAAAAUAUUUCAUUAUUUCAUUAUUUCAUACCAGCAAUGAAAAUAUUUGACAGUAUGUGCACCCCAAUCAUUCAGUUUUUGGGCUCGGACUAUCAGUAAUUCUAGGUUAAUCACUCUUUGGCUUCUGGUUUUUGUAUUUCAUCACUAUCAUGGUGUAUUUUUUAUUUUUUUAUCAACCACAACUAAUCAGGAGUUCAACCAGGUCCUGAUGUAGGCUCAAUUUCAGGGCUCAGUCACAGCUCAUAAAAAAGCACUAUACAGGUUAAGUCCAUUUACCAUUUGUACACUAGAAGUAACUCUUUUUAUUUUCCACAACCUAAAAUUUGGAGCAGCCCAAGUCUUUGUGAUCUGCAGCGAUGUCUACUAAAGGUUUAACCUUCCCUUUCUGAAUGCCCCCUGCUGUAAUCUGAGAUUACACAGUAUGUAGAACUGUCUUAGAAGAAAUGAGCUUCUCCACAUUACAGUCUUGUGGUAUCACACCUUUCACUUCAAUUUAGAGACAGUCUUGACAAAAUUUUCAUACUCUUCAUUUCUUCAUCUUGAGGUCAGCUUCUAUGGCACAACGGCGCCCUCUGGUGCCUCCAUC